CGCUGUCGUUGCGAUAACGCGUUUCGGCGAGUAACGUGCCUGCGUGUGGCCGCCGCAGCGAGGAUGUGCUGUUGCGGGACCUGUACGGCCACGCCGAGCCCCGCUCGGACGACGACUUCGUGCAGCGCUGGCUGUCCAGUCGACGCGACCUGCGCCGUUCCCUGGGCACGGCGGCCCGUGACAUCGCAACGAGCGUCUUCAACGCCGAUUACGUCAGCAUGGCGUCGUACGACCCCUUCAGGCGGCUGAUCUCGCUGUGGACGGUCGCGCUGGAGGCGCCCUACUACGCCGAGGGCGGCACGAGUGCCAUGCACUACGGAGGCCUCGGAUUCCUCUUCGCCAGGGAACUGUUCCGGCUCGCCGACGUGGUAACGGCAACCACCGCCAACGACAGCAGCGUGACCAGACGUUGGACUGCCGGCGGGAGUUUGUGGGACGGAGACGGCGACAACUCGUCAGCGCCGGCUGCGGAGUGCCUCGAAGAAGGCGUCUUUCCGGACCUCCCUGCGCUGGAGACGGCCUACGCAGCAUACCUCCAGUAUCGCAGGCUUGAAUACGACGCGCCGCUCUCGGGCAUGGACAACUACACGCCAGAGCAAGUGUUCUUCAUGACCGCCUGUCACACAUUCUGUCGGGUCGACCAUGACGGCGCUUACGAGCCCGACCGUUGCACAGUAACCAUGAAGAACUUCAGACCUUUUGCGGCUGCCUUCGACUGCGUACACGGGUCUCCAAUGUACCCCUCCAAGCGCUGCCAGUUCUUCUGAACUUUUUUUGCGACUAGCGACCAUUGUGACGUCGCGUUUUAUCACUGUUAGUUCUACGUGUUAUACGCUGCGCACAUUUCACGUGUUGCUGAAGCUUUCGCAUACGCUGUUAGCGCGAUUACCAAGUGUAAUAUUAUAAAAGUGUUCAUAUUGUUGUAAAACGUCUUUUAACGUGGUGCGACUAAAAUUGUCGUGGGUGUAGUAUAGGCUGGCCGUACUCGACAAAACAAAAACCACUCUUGUAACGUUCCUAGGAUGCACAGAACUCGCCCCAAGACUUUGCCCUUAAUUGUAAGGUAACCCACCUACCGUGUCUAAACAAUGAGCACGGAGCCUUUUGUUCCAGAUAGAUUGAAGUUCCAUGCAAUAUGGAGUACUUUCGGCGCGUUAGGGACUGUCCUAGAACAGCUGUUCUAUGCUAACUGCCUUAACACUAGCGUGAUCGAUCAUUUACAAAAACUGUCUAGUGUUGCUUAUAUAUGAAGGAAUUUUUAUGAGCUGCAACUCGCCCGUGAUGUACAGUAAACUUUCUGUAAACUUGUAUCGCUUGCAUCCGCGUGUUUUCGCUGCGCAGUGCACGAGUUCAGCGGUAUAUAGCUGCGUGUAUUUCCUUUCUGCAGUGUGGCUUGCUGGAGCAACUUGUGACGGUAUGCAGAAUCUAUCCGCCAUGUUCCUCCGCCAAAUUUGUUAAAAGAAAAACUACGUCAUUCCACGUUAUAGCUGAGUUCAUUUACGUAUAUUCUGUCACAAGGACUAUAAAGCGAACAAAAGCUUACCCGAGAAGUACAAGCUCUCCGACUCGAGGCUCUAUCGAACAGAUUGAUAUCGACUUAGGAAAGCUUGGCAGGAAAUGUAAAUGUAUAGAGAAGCAUAGUUUUGUGAUCGUCGCCGGUUCACAAGCGGGACGACGUUUAGCCGAGUAAGAGCCGAAGGCAUCCAUACGGGCUUUUUCUGAGAGAACUGUGAAAGGCAAUGUGCAAUAUGCUAAGUGCAGGGGCGUUAAGUCGCAAUGUUCGGGCUGCAAGUGUUGUCUCGCUUUGGCAUUAUCCAGAUGGCGUCGUCCAAUGCAUGUCCGCAGCCACGAUUUCGAUUUAUUACUCCCUGCGUGCCUGGUAUGCACCCAAGUUUCUCAAGUGGAACAUGACACAGACGUCUCAUCACGCCAAGUGCUAUUCAAGAGACUGAUCGCGGCGUGCUCGUCACUCGCGCGAUGGCGUCGAAAGGGAGAGGGCAGUGUCAAAGGAAGUGGCCCAAUCCUCGGCACCUGUAGUACAUAGGAAAUGUGUUUUCUGUAGGCACGUGGCGCGACGAACAAUGCAGUGGCGGGCAUGCUAUCGUUUCUUUUGUUGCAACUAUAUACCUGCUCAUCGGCCCUUUCGGCAAUGGACUUCUGAGAACGUUCGUGCUCUCGCGCCAUUCACGGCGCUCUAUAGGGAGCAUUCGUGUGAUACUAUAUAGCAUGCACCACAUAGCCUCACUUUCUCGUUUGUUGUCUUGCGACGCGACCUCUGCUCGUCAUACAGCCGGUGGGUGCCAUAUAUCGCGGGGUGUCAUGCAAGUGAAAUUGACGGGCCCCGCCUCUGCAGCCUGUGCAAUCGCCACCGUCGCUGGAGUACAAGACGCCGGCCGGCGCUUCGUCGGCGGGGUGAAGCCUUGUACGAAAAUGAUAGCAAUCUGGCCUAUAGCAGCUGCAGAGUAGUGAGUACGCCAUUUAUACAGCAAUAAUAUUGUGAACGGUUAUAGAAUGUUUUUCAUUUUUUUUGUAACUUCAUUCUUGUAACUCACUACAGGUUUGAGAACUCAACUCUAAAUUGAAAGUUCAAAAUGUUUGCAAUACAUUUGCUUUGAAGGGGGAGAGUUCGGGGGCUGUCUUGACCAGGCCUAGGCUAGAGACCACGGGCUGUUUGCACGAAGUAUUUUAUCCGCGGGUAAAUUUACGUAAAUGUACAAAUCCUUCCAGCAAGAUAAUGUCAGCUGCGCGAAGCAUUUGCACCAUGGAUAAAUUUAAUAACAAGUAAAUUUAA